AUGGUAGCUUCAGGAUGGAGGGCCAGCUUGAGUAGCAGAAGUACCAACUCGAACAAAACGAAGUCUCAAUCCCAUUGUUUCCGCUCCGGACUAGCGCCGGCGAGUUCAUGGCCAGGGCGCAGAGUAAAAUAUUUCGGCUUGAGGCGAUACCACAGUCCACACUAUUUCGGGAUCGGCCCAGGACUGCUCCAGUUUGAGAGCAGAAGCACCAGGCUGAAAUGGUAUUAUUUGGUCAGUCCAGCUCAAAAAUCUGGGGCCCCUGAAGCAUGUGAGAGUGAUAAAUUUGCGGAUCGAGCGACGUUGAAAGAUUUGUUUGAUCUUCUGAAAGGCGGCAACUAUGGCGUCAUCAAUUCAUGGGGUGAUAUCUGGCGGGAACAGCGAAGAUUUGUUUUGCAUACCUUGCGCGAUUUUGGCAUGGGCAAGAAUUUGAUGGAAGAGCGGGUAAUGCUCGAGGUCAACUUCCUUAUCGAUCGCAUGCGAUCACUGAAAACGAAUUUGAAUAUGCGGUCCGAAUUCGAUACCGCCGUCGGUUCCAUCAUCAACAACAUUUUAUUUGGAUACCGUUUCGACGAGAGCAAACAGCACGAGUUCAGGCUGCUCAAGGGGCUUCUGCGCAAGCUAGUGACUGGUGGACAAAAUAUCCUGUUUUUGGUACCCGCUCUCUUGCCCGUAUUUAGGAAGGUCCCGUAUUUCAAAGAACAUUUCUACGGUUUCGUCAACGGGCAUCAACAAAUCAUGGAUUUUAUCGCAACGCAAAUUGAGGCGAGGCGGAAAGAAGUGGAUUUUAGCAGCGAUAAGAAGAUGCACGAAGAAUUGGAUCGCGUAAUCGGUUCGGACCGGAUGAUUACGAUGGCUGACAAGAACGAUCUGCCAUAUGUAAAUGCAGUUGUUAAUGAAACUCAAAGAACCGCAAACCUUCUCCCUCAAAAUCUACAGCGCAAACUCCUUGCGGAUACGGUAAUCGGGGGUUACCAAAUAAAAGCAGGCACCGUCGUUAUGCCCCAAAUCAGCACCGUGCUCUACGAUGAAAGAGUAUUCCCCGAUCCAUACGCCUUCAAACCGGAGCGCUUCAUAUAUCCGGAUGGGUCAGCGCGGAAAUACGAAGAGCUUAUUCCAUUUUCUGUUGGAAAGCGACAAUGCGUCGGCGAGGGAUUGGCAAGAGUCGAGCUGUUCCUCUUCGUCGCAAAUUUGUUCCAGCGGUUUAAGUUCACGGCCAAGCACACCCCAUCAAUGGUAAAAAACCGCGGGGAAGUCGUCACCGCAAAGGACUAUUUGUGUGAUGUCCUGGAUCGACAUUUG